AGUGAUCUGAUUGUCAAACGAUAAAUGAUCGGCGUAAUCAGAGAGUGCAACAUGUAAUUAAACCAAAUAUAUUUUUUCUGUGCUUAAUAUUUAUCAAAAUAUUGAAUAUUUUUCUUUCAAUAUCUUGUCACAUAGCUAAUCUCAAUAGUUCACUUGAAAUUCGGUUCAUACCCGUGUCUGAUUUUUCUGACUGUUUAUAUCCAAUCGAUUAUUUUGGGACUCAUUUGACUGGCUAAAAGUUACUAAAAAGUGGAUAGUGAUAAUACGGCGAGCAAUGAUCAAUGUUAACCAAAAUCUCCGUCAAAAAUGUCCUAAUUUAUGCGUCUGACUAAAAUUCCAUCAUAGUAGACUAUUGCUCGUACAAAUCUUUUGUUCAAAUUUUUCACACUAGUGCAUUUCUGAUAGGAAAUUAAAAUAAUUCCAAUAUCUUCUGCCCUUUUUCAAAUUCAUUAUGUCAACAAGAACGGAAAACAUAGUCAGUCUGUUUUUACACAUCUUCAGCGAUCCCUUAAGCGUUUAUGUAUAAUCCGAAUCGACACAAAUUUUCAUAAGUCUGUAUGAAAAUGAAUAGGCAAUCCGUGGGCGGCCUCGUAUAUAUAUAUUUAUAUAUAUAUAUAUAUAUAGAUUGCAUAUGUAUUUUCUAUGAAAAUAGAAUCAAGUCGUUGAACCUUGAAGACACACUUAUGAGAUAAGAAGUGAAUCAUGUUUCAGUCUAAAACUCUAAGAUAAUUUCAUCGGUUGUCUUGAGUAAAGUUAUUUUCAACAACGGAAAAUGUCCAGCGAUGAAAAGCAAAGAGGACGUGGGAGGGGAAUUACCACUGAUAAUGAACCGAGUACAUCUUCAGGAAAACGUCUACGUGAAGAAAGUAAUGGUGGCGAUAGCAAGCGACAUGCGCCAGAAAAUAGACGUGGUGGUCCAGAUCGGCGUCGAGAUUUAACGGUUUUGAUAAGAACAAGACCACACGAAAACCCAACAUCCCACAAUCCCAGUGCUCUGGGACCAAGAGCCGAAUCCGUAAAAUUGGAAGCCAAUUAUUUUGCCCUAAAAUCGCGAACCGCUUGUAAUCAGUGGAAAAUUUACAAGUAUCACGUUACUUUUGAUCCCGAGUGUAUGAUGAAGCGAAUGCAAAUAUUUUUGGUGGCUCAACAUAAAAAAGAUAUCGGUGGUUUUCUAUUCGAUGGCGCUCAAUUAUUCACCACGCGAAAUUUGCACGGUGAAAACAAAUCAGUUAAAUUUGUUUCGGAAACCAGAGACCAAACCGUUUAUACAGUUGGAAUGACCUUCACAAAAAUUGUCAUGAUGAGUGAACAAGAAUCACUGCAAGUUCUUAAUUUAAUACAACGCCGAAAUAUGAUCGGGUUGCAUUUGGAGCGGGUCGGCCGAAAUUACUAUGAUCCACAAAAUAUGGUUGACUUGAAUCGAUUUAGAAUUCAGCUAUGGCCCGGCUAUGAAACGUCAGUGAGAUAUCACGACAGCGGAAUAUUACUUAAUUGUGACAUAGUGCACAAAGUGAUGCGAACAGAUACAGUUUAUGAACUCAUGCGAGAAAUUCAACGUAGCAAUCCGCAAAACUUUUCAAACACUUUUCGGCAAAAAGUAGUCGGAUUGACCGUUCUAACCAGUUACAAUAAUAAAACCUAUCGCAUCGACGAUGUCGAUUUCGACAUCACACCACUAAGCACGUUUUCUCGAAAAAACGUCGAUGUCACCAUCAAACAAUACUAUUCAGAGAAAUAUCAUAUCGAAAUAAGAGACGAUUCACAACCAUUAUUGAUUUCACAACCACGAGCAAAAGAUUUGCGUGGUGGUGAACAAAAACCGGCAUGGCUUGUACCGGAACUUUGCCGUAUUACUGGCUUGGAUGAUAGACAACGCACUGAUAUGAACAUGAAAAUGGCACUCCGACCCUAUGCUCAAAUGGAACCGCGGCUUCGCAGGCAACGUCUGCUUGAUUUCUACAAUCGUAUCCAAAGUAGCGAAGAUAACAAAAAAAUAAAAGAAGAAUGGGGACUACAGAUUCAACCGGAUCUUGUACAAAUUAACGCCUAUUGCUUGAAGGCUGAAACGUUGACUUUUGGCGACAAGAAAGAGCUACAAGUGAAUAGGGCCAGCUGGGAGAGAGAUACUGGUCGAGGACCUUACACGAUCUACUCACCACAAACACUAACACGAUGGAUGGUAGCUUGUCCGCAAUCGAUCGAAAGAGAGAUGCAGCGAUUCGUUAAUCGUCUUCGAGAAUUCGCAGCAAAAAUGAAAUUUCCUAUUAAAGAACCACGCUGGUGCAUGUAUGAUAGUGAUUCUGAAAUGGUACGUGCGAUUGACCAGAUGGCAAGCAACGGACCUAAAUUCAUAUUAUUUGGAAUGUCAACAGAUAGUCGACGCAAUUCUGAUUCAUAUUCAGCAAUAAAAAAGAAAUGCUUUGCCGAUAAUGCCAUUUUAUGUCAAGUUGUGACCAAAUUCAUUCUGGGCAGUCAACCAAAUAAAUAUGAUUCAGUGGUAACCAAGGUGGCCAUUCAAAUUUGUUGCAAAUUGGGUGGUGCACCAUGGCGUCCACGAGUUCCAAUUAAAACUGCAAUGACUGUGAGCUUUCAUUUAGCGAAAGAUACGGUCAACAAAAACGUCUCAUAUGCCUGUUUAGUGGCUACAACGGGCGUUGAAGAUGAAGUGAGUUUCUUCAGUACAGUGAGCAAAAUUGAAGGCCCAGAUUGUAGCCGGGAAUUAACGACAAGCUUCAUAAAAGCCUUGAAUUUCUAUGAAAACAAGCAUGAAACAUUGCCAUCCAUCAUAUUUUUCUAUCGUGAUGGUGUCAGUGAGGGUGAAAUUCCAUAUGUUUUUAACAUUCAAUUGAAUCACUUAACAGAAACGCUUGCUAAAAGAUAUGAAGCCAAAUCCAUGGAAUUUAAGAUGGCAUACAUACUUGUUAGUAAAAGAAUCAAUACACGCUUCUUUCAAAGCAACGGAAGUGCCGUCAACAAUCCAUCUCCUGGAACUGUCGUUGACAAUACAGUGACUCUGGAAGAACGCUAUGAAUUCUUCUUGGUUUCACAAAGUUGUAAUCAGGGAACAGUUGCUCCUACUAAUUACCAUGUUAUAUAUGACACUACCGGUCUUACACCAGAAAGAAUGCAAGCAUGGACAUUCAUUCAAACUCACGUGUAUUACAAUUGGUAUGGCACCACUCGAAUUCCAGCCACUCUGCAAUAUGCAAACAAAUUGGGCUUCUUAAUAUCGAACCACGUGCAUCGCGUUCCCAAUGAAAAUUUGAGUGACAAACUGUACUUUUUGUAAACGCACAUUUACAAAUUUAUAUUUCGAGUACUGGUGGUGCCACGAACUAACUUAUUAUUUUGUAUUGAAAUUUGGGUAGAUCAUGAGUUCGCCGCAACUUUCAAAAAUAUGUCAUCACCGUGCCUAUUUGCUACAAUCUCGGCUACAACACUUAUUAGGUAUAACAUACAUUUAGAUGAUCAUUUCGUUAAUGAGAAUAACACAUUUUCACAUGGCUCUGGUGUGUAUUUUGAAAUUUCAUUUUUUCAUUCGUGAAAAAAUUAAUUUUUUCUACAGAAAAUCAAUCAGUAAAUUCUUCACACAUUAUUAAGACAUUGCAAUAUAUUGCACUUUUUAUUUUUGAAAAUAUGUAGGGGAAUAGGCUUAGACAAUCACAACCGGUACACUCUGUGACUGAGUUUAAAAGUUAAUUUGUUUAUUACAACGACAAAGUAUACAAGUUUCAUGUUCUUUAGAUCACUGUGUCAAGAAAAUCCAGAUGACGCUAUCAGUGGUGAAUCUCUGUGUUGCGAUGAUAUCGAUAGGCUAAAUUUAUACAAAUACUUAUGAAUAUCUUUGAAUCUUGAUCUUUUGCGAUCUUUAUGGGUGAAGUAAAAACCUUAAAUCGGAAUACUGUAUCUGCAAUGCGCAGCCAUAACAACAGCGAGUAUGAAUUAG